AUGGCGCUGCCCUUAUUCAGAUGGAGCUGUAGAAGGCCUGCGGGUCUGAGCGCUUAUCUAAGAUUUAACAAAGUAAUCGAAAUACGAAAUCAGUCCGUUGUUAAAAACCAGGCGUCGCUGUCGUGUGUUGUGUCUGGGGUGCGGUACUGCAGUUCGGACAGAGAGGGACACAGACAGACGAGGAAGGUUGUGGUGGUCGGCAUCCCAAACCCGUUCAUCUGGAUCCGGACCAAAUUCUGUUUCUUCCUCAUUCGCGCUUAUUUCGACAAAGAUUUCUGUAUUGAUGAGUUUACUGACGGAGCCAAACAGGCAUUUUCACAUGUAUCCCAACUGUUGUCUCAGUGUCAGUUUAAAGAACUUGAAGGUCUAGUUGCUAAAGAUGUAAUAGGGAAACUGGAGGAGAAAUGUGUUGAUCUCCCGUUGAGCUAUAAAAAAGCACUCUCAGCUGAUUCAGAUGACAUCAUGUACACAACACCAGCAGAUGUUGGUUUUUGCUACGAGAAUGAUGGGAGGAAGUUUGUCAGUAUUUUGAUGCGUUUCUGGUACUUAACCAGUGCCCGGCUUCCAGAGGACACAAUGGAGGGAGCGCAAAUCUUCCAGGUGGCUUUUGGAAAAAAUGGGGAGAAGCCAGAGAGCAAAAGGCUGCUUACAGCCAAUUAUGAAUUUCAGAGGGAGUUUACUGAAGGAGUGACACCAGACUGGACCAUCACUAGAAUAGAACACUCAAAGCUGCUUGAUUAAAACACUGUACUCUCUGUUUAAUUGCACCUGACCACAAUAUCAUAUAGUAAUAUCAAUGAGCCGCGUUUGCUGUCUAGACAGUAAAACAAUAUUCAGUGGACAAUAUUCACACUCACUGUAAAUCAUUCUGUGAGAAUGAUCUUUAUAAUUAAGAGGUAAAUAUUAGAAAAUCUGUAAAAGUACUCAUGUAAUUUUAGGCCUGUGUAUAUCGGGUUGAAUAUUCACCAGACUUUCAUUGUUGAGAGAGUUUUAAGUUUAGUUUUAGUUCCUGUAAGUUUUUUGUGUUAUUAUUUCACAUGUUCGUGUUUAAUAUUGAACCUGAAAAUUGCUCCAAUAUAAACUAUUUGUCAGUAUAUUGCAGAUUGUAGUUUGAAACAGAAUUACGUUUGCAUUUCUAAAAUGAAUUUGUACCUUUUCUACUGACAGAUGUAAUUAAAUAAAUGUAAAUUUAACAAAGCAACCAAGAAA